AUGUCGCAGUCCGCCAGCAGCAGCAAGGCCGUGCGCCCGGCCAACGCGACGGACGCCGUGCUGGGCGCGUUCAGCAAUGUGCCGCCGAACGAGACGCUGGAGCACCUCAUCCGCUACCUCGGCACGUGGAGCGGCUUCGACAAGGCCAUGAUGAUCACCCAGUACGGCUCCAAGCUCGUCAUUGCCUUCCUGGCGCUGCAGCACGCCCUGCGCGUGCGCCUCGCCGGCACCAAGAGCUUCCACGCAGCCAACGGCGGCUCGAGCGUGGCGGUGCGUGUGCAGCGCCUCGGUGCGCUCGUCGGCAAUGCGCGUGUGCUGUACCGCAUCUGGGGCCUGCUGCCGAUGCUGCAAUGGAUGAUCAGCAUGGAGCGGAACCCGCCGCCGACGCGCCUGCUGCACAACAUCGAGCGCAUCCAGGGCUGGGCGAUGAUUAUCUACUGCCCGCUCGAGGCCGUGUCGUACCUGGGUGCGCACUCCAUCCUGCCCGUCUCUGCGCGCACGCGCGGCAAGAUGGACCUGUUCGGCGUGCGAUGCUGGGCCGUGUACGUGAUCCUGCAGCUGCUGCACCUCGUCGAGGACAACCGGCUGCUGCGUCUGCGUGCCCGCGCCCUCGAGCGCGGCCGCGGCCACCCGACGCCGGCGCGCACUCCGAACACGGAGAAGAAGGUCGACCUUGGCGAGGAGCAGGAGACGACGCGCGGCAUGUGGCGCGAGCUCGAUGCGCGCAAGGACGCCAUCCUCAACCAGCUCUGGGUCAAUCUCGGCUACUUGCCGCUCACGGUGCACUGGUCCACGCCCGGCGGCCUCCUCAGCGAUGCGUGGGUGGGCUUCUUCGGCACCAUUGCCGCCUCGGCGGGCCUGCGUGCCGGCUGGCGGGCCACGGCCAAGCGGCCGGAGCUCGCGGCCAAGUGAUGUGUGGGAAGGGGACGGAGGAUGGGAGGCGCUCUGCGCUCAACGCAUCCGGCUUCAGGCGUGCUCGUAUUACGACGGUUUCUCUCACUCGCUGCGCUCACUCGCGCCCUCGCUGUUCUGUGCGGCCUCUGUGCGCGCCGCAAUGCCACCUACUACGACUGCAGCUUCGCGCCAGCUCGACGACGUGCGCGGGACGACGGCAGGCGGCGUGCGAGUUGCCUCCCAUUUGCUCCACUUCGCGUGGACGGCCACGCAGGCU